GGAGUAGUUUGGGUGUACAGUCAGUCAGAAGUCGGACUCAGAGGAGCCAGGAAGUAACAGAGCUGCAGCAGCGCGGAUAAAGUCGACUCUGAGAGCGUCUGUUGUCAGUAGACGGAGAUCUCUGGCGUGAGAGGGAGGGAGAACAAUAAUCCUGUAAUAAUAAUUAUAGCCAAAAUAAACUCCAAGUCCACCGCGGCGGUUCAGGGUGAGUGCACAGGGGUUUAGGUAAUCUUGAGAAAAGGGGAAAAGAGCACGACUCUGCCCCACAAUAACGUAAAUAUCUCAGGAGCACAUUGCUACACUCUAACUCACUCCAUCAGACAGAGAAGACGGAAGGACAUAAGAGCGGGAUUCGGGGGUUUCACGACAACGCAUUUCUCUCGCUCGCAGACAAAUAAAACAACCGAAAAUUGAUCACACAACAACAUUCAAGAUGCCUCGGGUUGUCCCGGAUCAGCGGAGCAAAUUUGAGAACGAAGAGUUCUUCAGGAAACUCAGCCGGGAGUGCGAGGCAAGUUUGAUCAAAUACACCGGUUUCCGAGACAGACCACACGAGGAGAGGCAAGCCAGGUUUCAAAACGCCUGCAGAGACGGACGCUCGGAAAUAGCUUUUGUGGCGACGGGCACCAACCUCUCGCUGCAGUUCUUCCCCGCCAACCUGCACGGCGAGCAGCGACAGGCGCCCACCCGAGAGUACGUGGACUUCGAGCGCGAGACGGGGAAGGUGUUCCUGAAGGCCCCCAUGAUCCUGAAUGGUGUGUGUGUGAUGUGGCGCGGCUCGAUCGACCUGACGCGUCUGGAUGGGAUGGGCUGUUUGGAGUAUGAUGACGAACGCGCUCAGCAAGAGGACGCCUUGGCCCAAGCUGCCUUUGAAGAGGCUCGCAGGAGAACUCGUGACUUUGAAGACAGGGAUCGCUCACACCGCGAGGACCUAGAGGACACUGUGGCUUCAAAAAUCUGGGACUGAUGACAUUCAAGGACCAGGCCCAGGCGACAGCAGGAUCCCAGCCCUGGCUCCAACAUGGGCAACGCUGAUGAUCACAAGAUGCGCUAAGCAGCGAUGGAUACCGGGGUGGUGGGGGCAGAAGAUGCAGAGGACCGGGGCAUCCUCAUCCUCACACAUCAAGCAAUCGCUCAUCAGAGGAGACCAAAGUCUACAAUGCCAGGGGGUUUUUGUUUGUGGGGUGGGGGGGUGGUUGGGAUCAAGUUGGGGGGAUUGUAAGGGUGUGGGAGGGGUGAGUUUGAGAUGGCUUGUAUUCAUCUAGGAAUGGACUGGGGAUGUCCUUUCACUGAUCCCUACCCUGAGUUCCUCCUUUGGGUUUUGCACUAUGUGAUACAUUCAGUUUUGCCCCACCCGUCUUCUGUAUGCAUGGACUUCCAUCCUGUUUUUCUAAUCGCGACCCUUCCCUAUGCAAGCUAUUAGCUCAUUUUAUUUUAGCACUAUUGUAAUGAAAUGGCAUUUUUUUUAUCAUUAUUUUAUUCUUUAUUUGUGUGAAAGUCAGGAUGUUUACUUUUUUGUAUUUUUUUCUUUAUAUAUGCAAACAUGUGUGUCCUUAUGCUUUUAUAUCGAAAACCAGUUUAAUAACAUCACUAGUUGAAUUGCGCUCUAGAAUAGGUAGAUUACUGUAGGUCACACAGAGAGAAAGGCACUUCUGAUUUCACAAAUGAUGAAGGCCCCUUUUAUACCUUUCUCAUCCUCCGCUACUCCCCUUCUCUCUCUCUCUCUCUCUCUCUGUUUUUGACUCUUUCUGCAUAUCAGGUUGUAUGGAGACAUGCUUUGAACAUUAAAAAUGCAGCAGGAAGCCCAUAUUGAGGUCACUGUCGCUCUGAGCAUGUUCCAAAAAAAAAAAAAAAAACAGAAGAGGUUUUUUUUUGUUCCCUCAUUGUUUUGACUAUCACUAUUGUUCUUCUUCUGUCAUUAUUGUCUUUGUUUUGAGUUUGUACCAUUUCAGGGUAUUUAAUGUAUCUGCAGUUAUACAACUUUCCCCCUCCUGUGUUCAAUGGGAAAGCACAUUUUAGCUUGUUCCAUGAAAGAUAUUUAUUAAUUUCAUGUCUCACCCUUUCAUUGUUUUUGGGAGGCCUGUUGCAUAUGAUUUUAUUAGUGGUACUUUGGCUCUGUUUUUCAACUCAAAGCCAUUUUCUUCCCUUCUUUUUGUCUUCUGCUCCUUCAUGCAGGUGGUCAGGAAAUGUGAUCCUUUUUUGUACAUAGCUUUAAAAAAAAUAAAACACACACAAUUGUAACGGUUCCCAAACACAACACAGUACCUCCGGUCCCCAACGCUUACAGUUAACUAGUGGAAUGGAUUGUGGAGUGACUUUCAGGUCAGAAAAGCAGUAUGAAUCCUUCUGUUGACAUGGUAACUGAAGGCGCACGGUCUCACAGCAGAUCAUAGCAGGUCUUUCCUUUUUAUUUGUGGGUAUAUCCUAUUUACUACAGAAAAUAGAGAGCUACAGAUUUCUCUUCUGAUCCAGUCUGAUUGCUCACGAUCAGUUCAAUGCACAAACACGUCUGUAAUAUCUAUCACUGUGGUCAGCAAUGUGGUCAGUUUACUGUGGUCAGUUUACACCCAUACACACAGCUGGUACGACUAUUCUGGGAUACUUGCUAUUGUGCAUCUGUCGUCACAGAUCUAAGCCAAAUAUAAGAUCCCCCAUUACAAAAUGUGAAAUUGUAUUGACUUGCAUCAUGUUAUCUGUACCCAUUUUCAUUCUUGAGAAAAGGUUCAUUCGUCGGAAUAUUACUCUGCAAAAGCGUUAAAAGAAAAACAAGUGUUAUUUUUUAAAGUGUAGGUUUUGCAACACCAAGUUUUGGUGGGCCUCGUUGGCAUUGAGUGAGUACUUUGUUACAGGACACGGGAUUUUCCAGAGGCCAAGUGGGUAGUCAGCAUGUUGUUGGUUGUGGUUGGCAGACAGAGAGGUUGGCACUGAGAGUUAGAAUACUCUUACUGAGACAGGCUGUAAGUAAGUAAUUUCUGUUUUUAAUAGAGAAAGAAAAAGAGGGAUUUAUUGAAUUAUUAUCAUUAAUUGAUCUUGUAUAACAUCCAAGAGAAACACUUGUUUAUUGUGAUAAAUAUGUCUGAUGAUGUCACUUAUGACUAUGUAUCUGUGAUGGUUUUAGGUCCGUUCACCAGUCAGUUUUAUUACCAGUCUAUAUAAUGUAAACAUGCAGAAAACGUUUUUACUUUUUGGCAGUAGUAAUGUCUAUGCAUGUGUCUAAGAGCUGGCCAAAUUCCAUGUCUUCAUAGACUACACCAGCCAAGAUUUGUGUUGCCCAAUGAUGCUCGUGGCCUGACAAGCCUUUAUCUGCAACUGAAUAGGUACAUGUUCAGUAGAAUUGAAGCUUCCUUUUCAAAAUGGGAGUCAGAACAAAAUGGCUAUGAGUGGACUCUUGGUGAAACAUGCCAGGCUGUAGGUCGCCAUGGAGAUUCUUACAGUCGGUACUUGACAAUCAGCUACGUAGGGAAUGGCAGGCCUAACAACAAUGCUGUAUGUGACAAACAGAGGUUUUUUUUACACCAGCUCUAUGGUCUUUCUUCUCAAACGAGUCCAUGUGUGUCUCACAAUGCCCCCGCUGGUACUCAUGUUGUUUUAAAUAAUCCCCUCACUUAAUGCUGGCAUUAAGGCAAGUUACACACCAAGGGACUGGACUGCUCACAUUUCAUUUUUUUUUUUACAUAAAUGGUUUAUUUUCUUAUUUGUUUUAAGUUAUUGAUGCACGAUUACUUUUUUGUUUCAUUUUCAGGGAAUGGUAUGAAGAAAUAUGUAUUCCGUGUUUAUCAGCCAAUCUUUUAGGAAAUGAGUUUGCUUCUUAUGUUUUGAUGUUUCGCUGUUUUUUGUUUUGUUUUGUUUGUUUGUUUGUUUUUCGACUUCUUUUUUUAAAGGGGUAAGACUGGUUUGACUUCUUUCUUAAUAAACUUGCAACAAAUGUC